GUCAGCCAUGCCCUGCCCCUGCGCCCGCCGCCGCGCAGCCCCGCGCCCCGCGCUCCCCGGCCUCGCCGCCGCUCCCGCCGCCCGGCCGCCCGGCUCGCCCCGCCGCGGGGAAGGGGAGGGCGGGGGCACGCGGGCUCCGGGGGCGCCGCAGGGCCCGAGCCUCGCGGGGCGUCUCGGCUCUGCCCCCCUCGCUCCCCGAGGCGCGCGCCGAGCCGCCGAGCGGGGCGCCGUCCUCCCGCGCCCUCGCCUCGCCUCGCCUUGCCUGGCGGGCCGCGGCCUUGGGCGCUCGGAUGUCCGGUUUCCUGAGAGGCUCUGCCCUGACCCCGUCGCCUCGCGGGCGCCGGCCGGGAGAGCGGCUCGCAGCGUCGGGAGCGCCGAGCCCGGACCCGCUCCCGCCGCCGCGGCUCCGCGGGGUCCCCGGGCGGCCCUCGCGGACAGGGCCGAGCCGCGAGGCAGCCUCGCCGGGGCGCCCGGCCCCGCGCGCUCGCGGCCCGUCCACCAUGCACUUGCUGGGCUUCUCUCUGGCGUGUUCCCUGUUCGCCGCCGCGCUGCUCCCGGGUGCGCGCCGGGCGCCCGCCGCCGCCGCCGCCGCCGCCGCCGCCUUCGAGUCGGGACUCGGCUUCUCGGACGCGGAGCCGGACGCGGGCGAGGCCAAGGCUUAUGCAGGCAAAGAUCUGGAGGAGCAGUUGCGGUCGGUGUCCAGUGUAGACGAACUCAUGACUGUGCUCUACCCCGAAUACUGGAAAAUGUACAAGUGUCAGUUAAGGAAAGGUGGCUGGCAACACAGUAAAGAACAGGCCAACGCCAAUACGAGAACAGAAGGGACUCUAAAAUUUGCUGCAGCGCACUAUAAUGCAGAGAUCUUAAAAAGUAUCGAUACCGAGUGGAGGAAGACCCAGUGCGUGCCGCGGGAGGUGUGCGUGGAUGUGGGGAAGGAGUUCGGGGCAGCGACGAACACCUUCUUCAAGCCUCCGUGCGUGUCCGUCUACAGAUGCGGCGGCUGCUGCAACAGCGAGGGCCAGCGGUGCACGAACACCAGCGCCAGCUACCUCAGCAAGGCGUUGUUUGAAAUUACAGUGCCUCUCUCUCAAGGCCCCAAACCAGUAACAAUCAGUUUUGCCAAUCACACUUCCUGCCGAUGCAUGUCUAAGCUGGAUGUUUACAGACAAGUCCAUUCAAUUAUUAGACGUUCCCUGCCAGCAACACUACCACAAUGCCAGGCUGCAAACAAGACGUGCCCCACAGAUUACAUAUGGAAUAAUCACAUCUGCAGAUGCCUGGCUCAGCAAGAUUUUAUUUUUUCCUCUAAUGUUGGAGAUGACUCUGCAGACGGAUUCCAUGACAUCUGUGGGCCCAACAAGGAGCUGGAUGAAGAGACCUGUCAGUGCGUCUGCAGAGGGGGGCUUUGGCCUUCCAGCUGUGGACCCCACAAGGAACUGGACAGAAACUCAUGCCAGUGUGUCUGUAAAAACAAACUCUUCCCCAGCUCGUGUGCGGCCAACAGAGAAUUUGACGAAAACACAUGCCAGUGCGUAUGUAAAAGAACCUGCCCAAGAAAUCAACCCCUAAACCCUGGAAAAUGUGCCUGUGAAUGUACAGAAACUCCACAGAAAUGCUUCUUAAAAGGAAAGAAGUUUCAGCAUCAAACAUGCAGUUGUUACAGACGACCGUGUACAAAUCGAGUGAAGCAUUGUGAACAGGGACUUUCAUUUAGUGAAGAAGUAUGUCGCUGUGUCCCUUCAUAUUGGAAAAGACCACAUAUGAACUAAGAUUGUAUCUUUUCUAGUUCGUCAUUUUUCUGUCAUGGGAAAACGGUGUUGCCAUGUUAGAACUAUGAACACAGAGACUUUGUGGGACCUGGUAACAAAGACAAAAGUCAGUUUCCUGAACCAUGUGGAUAAUGUUACAGAAAUGGACUGGAGAUCAUCUGCAAAAGACCUCCUUAAAAGACUGGUUUUCUGCCAAUGACCAAACAGCUGAGGUUUUUCUCUUGUGAUUUUAAAAAAGAAUAAUGACUAUAUAAUUUAUUUCCACUAAAAAUAUUGUUUCUGCAUUCAUUUUUAUAGCAAUAACAAUUGGUAAAGCUCACUGUGAUCAAUAUUUUUAUAUCAUGCAAAAUAUGUUUAAAAUAAAAUGAAAAUUGUAUUAUAAGCUGGUAAGUU